UAUAUGGCCUUGCGGAUUCUGCAACUGCAAACCACCCUACGGUACUCUUGCUCAAUGGGUAAGGGAUUCAUGGGAAGAAGUUGACAUUCAUUUGAUUGUAAAAGCGUUUAAAUGUUGUGGUGUUUCAGUCAAAAUGGACGGGACAGAGGAUGAUGUGGUGUUUGAUUAUGAAGAAUAUGAAGAAGUCGGAGGCAGUAAUGUUUGGGAAUAA